AUGUUGAAAGGACCGUACCAUUUAGUGGAUACCGAUAGACCCACCACGCCUAAAAGUUCUAUAGUUAAUAAUGGUAAUACAAAGAGUAACAAUAACAAUAACAAUAACAAUAACAAUAAAGACAACAUCAAUACCAGUAAUAAAAUUAAGAAAUUAAAUGGUGUGGCCAAUGGUGUUAGCUCUGCUUUGGUAGAGGAUCGGACCCUGAGAAGAGAUAAUGUUCAUUUUAUUUUAUCUGCUGAGUUUGAUAACAAACUGGGGCCAAAGGUAAAAUUUCAAUAUCCUAACAGUAUCCCUGGAUUUCCUUCUUCUCUUCAUGGUGCUCAUAGUUUGGAUAGUACUAUAAAUUUAGCGAGUUUAAUGAUUCCUAAUAAUGUAGAAUAUACUCCAGGGAAGAAAGAUUUCACUGUCUUCAUGUUAUAUUACAAUACCAGCACCAAAUUAUACCAACUUUUCAAACCAAGUAAUAUUAAAACUGAAGUUCAAAAGAACGAUAAUGAUGAUAAUGAUGAUGAAGAAAAUGAAGAUGGAGAUGGGGAUGAUGAUAGUGAAUAUAUAGAUUCUGAAAUUUUUACCGAUGCAAAAGAUGAAAAUGAUAAUUUGGAUGAUAUAGAUACUUUAUAUUUUAUCAAUGUUGUCAAUACCGUUAUCGAUAAGAAUAAUGAUCGUGGUGCGGUUAUAAAAUCUAUUUCCCUGGGGACAACUUUAAAAAUUUUCAGUAUAUUUAGACCAGUACUAUCAAAAUUAUUAGUCCAGUACAUGAAUAACUCUCAAAAUUCAUUAAAUAUUUUAAUCGAUUGUUUUAAAAUGAUUAAUAGUUUGGAUUUAUCAUUGAUUAAUAAAAUUCAUUCCAAGAAGUAUGCCCAAUUGAUUUUAGGUUCAAUUAUAGAAGAAAAAUAUCAAUCGAAAGUUUUGAACCCAAAUAAUGAAGAAUUUAAGAAGAUUUUCAAAAUUAAAAGAUUAUUUACAAAUGACCAUUUUGGUAAUAAAAUAUCAUAUGAAAAUAAGUAUAUCACAUAUCGAUUUACUAAUUUCAGGUCAAAUUUUUUAAAUAAAGACAUCUUAAAUCAACAAUUAAGAAUUCCUAUUAUCGCAGAUGAUUCCUUGGGUUCUUAUAUUAUUUAUAACCAGAAAAUUUUGAGAUUCUUGUCAAAGUUUUACCCAUUUAUUAAUAAAUUGACAUUACAGAACUUUUCAUGGAGGUUAAUAAUAAAUUCAACUACUUUCUCAAAAGAUGAGCUUUCCCAUUUUAUUUUGGUUCUUUCAAAUUAUGUUAACUCAUGUUUUGAUUGCGAUGCCACAACAUAUUAUAAACAGAAUUCUAUUUUAAUUUUCCCAUACAUGGACAUAUCAAUGGUCGAUGCUUUAAGGAAAUAUUUGAACGAUAAAUCAGGUAAUAUUUCAAAUAAAUUUGCAAUCAUUGGUGUUGCAAACCCGAUUUUUAAAUAUCAACAAAAUCUAUGGGAUUGUUACUAUGAUCUCGAUACAGAAACCUUGUAUGAUUCAAUUGAAGUCAUCGAAAAAGAAAAAGCAGACUUACAGUUAAAAAAUAGACCACUACAAAGAAAUGGUUCUCUUUCUAUAAGAAAAAUAUUGCUAAAACCAGCAGAUGUGAUAAUAAAUACUUCAAAACUUUCUCAUCAAAGAAAUAGUUUGCUGCUAAGAUGUGUAAAAUUCCUAUUAACUGAUGACAGGGAUUACAAUACAUCUACUAUAACUAGCGUAUUCAAGAAAGUCAACUUAUUACAACUUGUAGAAUUAUUACGCAGAAAAACAAAAACGUCCUCAAACUCAAUUUCCCUCCAAGAUGAGUAUAUGGCAAUCUAUAAGGACCUAAUUUUAUUUCCAGUAUUUUUUGAAUAUUCCUCAUUAUACCUAAUCGAAUUAAUAAUAAAUUUGCAUGAAUCGAUUGAAUUACUAUAUUCAAAUGACAUUCUUCCUUUUCAAACUAUCAUAAUACAGCUGACGAACAUUAAACAAAUUCUAAAAAAGCUCUAUCACGAUAUAUCAUACAAUAGAAGUAAUAUGGAAAGGUUUUUAAAUCUUAUAUAUAACCUUCCCUCUCUGAAGAUUUUUGAUAACUUUAAUUUACAAAGGCAUGAUUUUUCUGCCAAUGACUUGGAGAGAUCAAUGGAACCACUUUCUCAAAAUAAUAUAUAUGCAGAUAUGGAGAAUAGAGUAAAACUUUUGAGUAGCUCAUGGAUUGAAGUUUUUAUUAAUUCAAAUGUUUUACCAUUAUUCAUUAUACCAUUAUUUUUUGAACCCAAUUGUUCUUCAAACAUUGAUUUGUUUACCAAUUCGUCAAGAUGGUCUCGUAGGCCAUCUAUAGGCGGUAAAGCAAAACUUCCUAGAUCUCUUUCAUUUAAAAAGUUAUUCCCAAUAAAUUCAAAUCCUACAGCAGGUGUUUCAGCAAGCCACGUAAUGUCAGCAUCUCAUUCUUCUAAAAAUGAAGAACAUAGUAAAAUUAUAACACCUAAUUCGAGUCCAAUAAUUGCAUCACCUAUCCCUAGAACUCCUAACACAAAUUCUGGUGGUCCUAGAAUUACACCAAAUACGUCACAAUCUAAUACGCCAACAAAUGGCAUAGAACUCGAAAAUUUGGUUAACUCCUGUAGAAAACUAUCUAUACAAAUACUUUAUUGUAUGAAUAAGAAUGCUCUAGGUGAGCUAUUAUUAGAAAAAUCAUCGACUACAGAAAUAAAGAAUGCUUAUUCGAAUGCAAAGAUAGAGUUUAAUUCUACACUGGUAGGAGAUACUAAUAAGAAGGAGAAUGAAGUUAAAAAAUCGUCACAUAUUAAUAGAACUGACUUGAUGAGAGAAUUAUCAUUAAUUGCUGAAAGAGAAGAUGAAUUUAUGAAUCUUGAAAUUUCAGACAGGACGUGA